AUGGCGCACUCGGGCAUUUAUGCGUUACAGGUCGCCUUUGAUGCUGGAGACAGUGAAGCUGCCAUUGACACUGCCUUGGCCGAAGUCAAAUCCAGCCCUGGGCUCCGUCGGACGACGUAUGAAUACAUCAAGGAGAUGGCGUUGGCCAGAGCGGAUUGGCGGGCCAUGACCAUCUAUCUGUGGCACAUGUUGCAGACGGCCCAGAAGAAGCCGGUCACGCAAGAAAAUUAUCUGCUGGCCAAAGACCUGUACCGCAUGAUGGAACCUAGUCAGAAGCAGGACAACAAACUGCCAUUUCUGCAGAGUUUCGAGCUCCCUUGGAAACUGCUGCACGACGCGGCAGACCAUCACCUCUACCAUCUGGACGACGGUCCCGAGUCGGAUGCGGUGCAGGAGGAUCUCGAUAUGGCGCUCCGGGAAGGGGUCUCGAAAUGGAGUGACCCUCGCGCCGCCGAGAUGAUCCUCAAUCAGAUUGGGGAGGUCGAGAAGCAUAGUCCGCGAUGGGUGUCGCUCAUGACCCAGUCCGCAAUGGGUGGUAAUGCGGACUCAUGCCUCGAGCUGGCCAUGUACCAUCUCCAGAAAGAUGGAUGGUACCCCAAGCGAUCCGACACGAACAACAAAACCAAAAACUGGAUCGGGAUUGAAUGGCUCGCGCUCAGUGCAGCACUGUCCACUUCUGACGCAAGGGUAAUGGUGAGAAGGUAUCUAGCCCUGGCACACAUUCUUCGAGAGAGCGGCUGCGCAAAAGAAGGAUAUGCGUGGUUGCCUACUGCAAAGGAAAAUGUCUACGAGGCUGGCCUGGAUUCGACCGGCGAAAUGAUCAAAUAUCUGGACGGAUUCCAGCGUCACUGGUUCGACGACAAAGUUAUGGUUGCUACGUCCGACGAGUUUCUUGACCUUACGGAUGGCCGAGUCUGA